CGCUACCAGAUUUGCUACUCUUGAGCAAUGCACAACUAAACCUCCAGGGGUUACACUUUGAACGACUCGAAGUAGCGAUGUUUGCUUGUGGUGUCGUACCAUUCUAUCACAAUGCCAACAUUCUUUGUUACCGGACGACUGGAUCACGAGUUGAAUGAACAAGAAUAGAAGUUUGUCGAGGGGUCUUAGCACAGCCAUGAGCCAACAAACGAUCCUACCUCCACACGACCCAGACCUUCAGACCUUAAGAUCUACUCAAUCCUAAGACAGAGGAAAAUGUGAUCCAUGCGCAGCGUCUAUCGACCUAAUCGGAAUACACAGCCCUAUUAUUAUUAAGGGAUAGGUACGGGAUUUGAUCGGACCCUUGUUCUUUCAACGCGAAUCGGUCGUAACGGAUAUAUCGCUGUAGGGCCGUUGAGGCUCUUAGGCGUUGUAGAGCAAUCUUAACAGAUACCUUGUUGCCGUCGCUAGACUGAAAUCAACAGAAUUUACAACUAUUACAUAUCUAGAUACCUUAGAUACCUAUGUUUCUAGUUACGCGACAAUUCUCGAGUCAUGCACGUAAAUGCGCGUACUAGCCCAUCAUGGCAAGCGAACGACCUGAUAUACUUGUAGCCAUUGACUUAGGAACAACUUACACAGGUGUGGCAUGGGCGCGACCGCAGCGGAAUCAGACUCUGCAAAGCCCUAUUCAGAUUAUACAUAACUGGCCUGGCACCUCGACUAAGAAUGAACAGAAAGUCCAUACUUGUCUUGUCUAUAAUGAUGACGAGAGCUUGUCAUCAUGGGGCUAUUUGUGCGAAGAUGAUGAUAUGAUAGACAAGAAGAAGAAGAGAGAAUUCUUCAAGAUUUUUCUCGAUCAGCAAACGUUGGAGGAUGCGCACCGCCGAAACAUCGGUCAGGUACCCAACUCCGUCCGCGAUGCACAAAGAUUAGUCUCUGACUACCUCCGCGAAGUUUACUCGCACGUCAAAUCAACCGUCGAGUUGCAUACUGGCAUAAGCCACGUGGGAUGGCAGGAAUUGGUUGUCGAAUUCAUCUUUAGUGUCCCGACGACGUGGAGAAGCCAGGAGAUAAUCAACUCGUUCAAGAAGUGUAUCGAGGAUGCGGGGUUUGGCAUCGAGGGACAAUACCAUACGGCCAAAGUUGAGUUGACAGAGUCUGAGGCGGCAGCCGUCGGUACCAUCAAGAACUCACCCGUAGUUUUCGAAGCAGGCGACAUUUUCUUGUCUGUAGAUGCAGGAGGGGGAACUACAGAUCUCGCCCUAAUGCAAGUUGUCGAAGCGCGGCAGCCGUUCCCGUUGCUAUCUCAGCUGAAUCAAGUAGAUGGUAUUGGUAUUGGCUCGACCUUAAUCGACCAGGCUUUCGUAGCCAUGAUAAAUAAUCGUCUCAGUCGGUUUCCUAACUUAUUAGACCAACUCCCUCCUGACUGUGCCGAGAGGCUUGUCAAGAGUGAGAGAUAUCGAACGACAAAGCAUAAGUUCGGGGAGCGAGUUUACCAAUCAACUUGUUAUAAACUCCCCCUAGACGGUGUUCCCUACAACCUUAACCAUAGUGGCGCGCAGAUCGAGCUCGGUAGGAUAGUAGUUUCAUGGGAAGAGAUGCAGUCCCUCUUUGACCCGCACGUCGAAGGUAUCAUGAAAAAGAUACACGGACAGCUAGAUUGGAUGUUGGCUAAUGGUAUUAAUCGGCCGAUAAGCUAUAUGAUUCUCUCCGGCGGACUUGGGAGCUCCAAAUACGUCCGUGAUCGCAUUCAGCAUGAAAUGAUGACUAGCUUAUACCCACACGCCCAUCAAGUCAAGGUACUACAAGCCCCUGAUCCGCAACUAGUUGUCGUGAAGGGUUUAUUAUUAGACAGAUUGCAAAAUCUAGAGUCCGGGCUGGUUCCGGUCAUAGUAAGUAGAGUAGCUCGGGCGAGUUACGGUCUUGUAUGCAAGACCAAGUACAAUCCGGACAUACACUUUGGUGAGGAUAUUAAAACGGACUCUUACGACGGAGAGCAAUAUGCCAUGGGCCAGAUCGACUGGCUUAUUAGAAAAGGCGACUCUAUAAACACGAACGUCCCCAUCAGUACGACUUACACGAAGAAAGUGGACCCGAAAGAUUCGAACCGCAGUUGGGAUUCGAUCGUCGUGAUCUCCGAUUUAGAUCCUUGCCUUUUACCACGCAGCGUUCAUCAAGAAGGAUUCAAACAGCUCUGCAUAGUGAAAAGCGACAUCACGGGGAUAAGCCACGGCGAUAUGGUUAUGAGGCGUAAGUCAAGAAGGUUCUUGUUUCACGGCAAGAAGUUCUAUCUGUGCAGUUACGAGGUCCGGGCUAUCGUAGCCCCUGCGGAGCUGAGAUUCGAGUUGUGGUUUGCCGGGCAGAAGUUCUCGGGGAACCACGAGCCCAUUAAAAUCACCUGGGAUGCCGAAGGAUCUAAAGUCGGCGGAUAAUAGUUAAUUAAAAGCAGGUGUCUUGGUUUGGAUAUCCUGAUAUAAUGCCAUACUUGAAG